AUGAGAACCACCAGCGAUUUGCCUCUCGCCAGCCGUCACGCACAUCCGAAUCCUCUUGCCUCGCACGCUCCUGUGCUCGCCGAUAUGAAUGGCGCUGUAGCUUCCCCCCCGCGGCACGAGCCCCAGCUUCCCCAAGGCCCAACGUCCUCGCGUCCCAGCACCGCUGCAGCAGCUGCCAAUGCCUCUCCUCCACGCGCCAACAGGGACGAACAAGCCACGCCCGUACGCUCCAUGUCAACCAGUGCACAAUCCACGCGACCAGGCUUCCUCCGUGCUCGAAGCGAUUUUGGACCUCGCCAUUCAGUGCUUGCUCCCGAGAGCACCGACGAGGGCAGCACCGAUGGACAGUUCAAGAUCCGCCAUGGCUGGGAUGACCAGCUAAACUCGGAAGAGUACAGCAACUUGCUCACCUCGAACUUCUUCAUGUACUACACAGAUAAGAAGCACGAGACGGGCGGCCACCCCAAAAGGGACGACUGCGCCUUCCCAGUCCAGGAAUGGCGGAUGCGCGACAGGCUCAAGACCGUCUCUGCUGUCCUCGCUCUGUGCCUCAAUAUUGGCGUCGAUCCACCCGAUGUCAUCAAGACGAACCCCUGUGCCAAGGAAGAGUGCUGGAUUGACCCUACCGUCACCUCUCAGACACCUGGACACACGCCGAUGAAUCAGAUCGGCAAAGCUCUCCAGACGCAGUACGAGCAACUGAGUAUGCGCACACGAUACAAGCUCCUGCUUGACCCUACUACAGAGGAGACUAGGAAGUACACAUCCACCCUACGGCGCAAUGCUCGCAACGAACGAGUCCUCUUUCACUACAACGGACACGGGGUUCCGAAACCGACAUCUUCUGGCGAAAUCUGGGUCUUCAACCGAAACUAUACCCAAUACAUCCCUCUGUCCCUCUACGAUUUGCAGAGCUGGAUUGGUGCUCCGAGCCUGUUUGUCUACGAUUGCUCUGACGCGGGCCUCAUCAUUAGCAACUUCAAUAGAUUUGCCGAAAAGCAUCAGACCGAGUUUGAGGAGGCGCGACGGAGAGAUCCCAGUGUUGAGUACGUCGACUUCAGCGACUGUAUCCAUCUAGCGGCAUGUAGAGAGAAAGAGUCUCUCCCCACAAAUCCAGAAUUGCCUGCAGACAUCUUCACGUCCUGUCUGACAGACCCCAUCACUAUGGCGGUGCGAUUCUUCAUCCUACAAAACCCUCUCCCUAGUAAAGUGAGCCUCAGAGACGCUCACAACAUUCCUGGCAAGGUUUCUGAGCGUAGAACGCCCAUUGGCGAGCUGAACUGGAUUUUCACAGCCAUCACCGAUACGAUAGCCUGGAAUUCCCUUUCGAAACCCUUGUUCAAGAAGUUGUUCCGCCAGGAUCUGAUGGUUGCGGCGCUCUUCCGCAAUUAUCUCCUUGCACAACGCAUCAUGCGCGCUUAUCACUGUCAUCCUGUCUCACAUCCUGAAAUUCCGCAAACACACGACCACCCGCUCUGGCGUAGUUGGGAUCUUGCUGUUGAGCUGAUCUUGGCCCAACUUCCCGAUCUUCAAGCCGAAGCACGUGGCGAUAAGGAAUAUGUUUACAAGCACUCAGAGUUUUUCUCUGAGCAGUUGACGGCCUUCGAAGUCUAUCUGACCCAAGGCGCUGUCGAGCAGAAAAUACCAGAACAGCUCCCCAUUGUGCUGCAAGUUCUUCUCAGUCAGGUUCACCGGCUUCGCGCACUUAUUCUUCUCUCGAGCUUCCUGGACCAUGGUCCGUGGGCUGUGAACCUAGCGCUUAGUAUCGGUAUCUUUCCGUAUGUGCUGAAGCUGCUGCAGUCCCAGGCAAACGAACUCAAACCCGUCAUGGUCUUCAUUUGGGCUCGUAUACUAGCGGUUGAUCAGUCCUGCCAGGCUGAUCUCCUCAAGGACAAUGGGUAUCAGUAUUUUAUUAAUAUUUUCAAUCCGAAUUCUGGCAUCCCCAUCCAAAACGCGAGCGAGCAUCGAGCAAUGUGUGCCUUCAUUGUAUCCAUGUUUUGCAAAGACUACAACCAAGGACAGCGUGCGUCACUCAGCGCAGAGCUCGUGGAGAGCUGCCUCGAUCAUUUGAAAGACAUGCAGAAUCCUUUGCUGAGGCAGUGGUCUUGUCUUUGCCUAAGCAAACUCUGGGUCAAUUACGAAGAGGCCAAGUGGAUGGGAAUCCGCUGCAUGGCGCACGAGCGGUUAUGCGAGCUCAUUGUCGACCCCGUUGCAGAAGUGAGGGCCGCGAUGUUGCAUGCUUUGACGUCUUUCCUGGGUAUCCGCGAUGUCACCGCCCAGGUGGCCAACAUUGAGGAGUCAAUCGCAUCUAUGAUUCUUGUCAUGACCAUGGAUGGUAAUAGCAUGGUACGGAGAGAACUGCUUAUAUUCUUCUCCACAUUCGUUGCUCGCUACAAGACCCGGUUCAUCGUCGCUGCGUUUGAGCAUUUCUCAGAAGAGAGAAAUAGCCCUAUUGUCGCACAGUUGGAGGAUCGGAACGCCGAAGGACUUUAUAUGAAAAUGCGAGCAACAGCAAACGGCGCUUCGGCUGGACAGAGCUCGUGCUCCCAAAACACGAUAUAUUCUGCUAUAUGGAAGGAACUGUUGGUCAUGUCAGUUGACCCACAUCCGGAAAUAGCAAAGGAUGGAGGCGUUGUGGUUGAUUACAUCUUGAUCGCCCUCAUCGAGUCCUCGCUUGCCAAAUUCGUACAGCCACAACUGGAUCAAGCACCUCAUAACGCUCCGCCUUCUCGGCCCAUUCGUCGUGCGCAGGAAGAACCCACCACCCCGCAAAAGGUCUCCACUCCCCCCACGCCGACUAAAGAUUCCAGCUACCUGUCGCUUUUUGGAGGGUUACGUAAAUCUACGAGUGUCGGUGCCUCACUCAAAAGCCUUUGGGCUGGCUCUGAUGGACUCCAGAAGCCCUCAGGGAGAGCGAAAGCUGAGGAUCUUGUCUCCACCACAGAGUCGCGUCCUCAAACCCCAGAGAAAUAUCAUGUCGAAGAAGAGCCAAAAUCGCGAGGCUUCAAGCCUCGAAGCCUAGUAGAGAAACCCGAGAUACCACUCGUAAGCGUGUUUUUCGAGUGGUCUGUGGAAUACUUCCGCGAGCCGCAAAUGAAGCCGACGGAGGCUGAUGAACCGGGUAGCACUGAUUAUAAUGGCCGGCUCUGGCGGAGGAAUCGCAACGACAAGAUCAUUGCCGAAACACAACCCUUGAAGGACAUCGCCGUUUCUAAUCGCUGGGAUGUACCUCGAGGCUACUUUGACAAUCUCAGUCAGCCCCAGAAAAUGUGUUUCCAUCAAUUUGAGGACCAUCUUGUAGUGACUGACAAUCGCGACACUGUCAAUAUCAUCAAUUAUUCCAAAACUGUCAGCAGAAUCAACUGCUUCUCCAACGGAAACCCCUUGGAUUCAAAAAUCACCGAGGUUCGGUUCAUCAACGAAGACGAUCAAGCUUUGCUGAUGACGGGUUCAUCGGACGGAGUGAUCAAGAUUUUCCGUAAUUACGAUCGCAAGGGAGAGACGGAGCUGGUAACGGGGUUUCGAGCUUUGACUGAUCUUGUUCCAAGCAACAAGAAUGCCGGGCUUGUAUUUGAUUGGCAGCAAGGGAGAGGUCUCGUAUUGGUCGCUGGUGAUGUCAAAGUCAUCCGAGUAUGGAACGCUGGAACUGAAGUAUGCACGAAUGACCUUCCAGCACGAUCGGGCUCUUGCAUCACUUCAUUGACGUCGGACCAAGUCGAGGGCGAUGUCUUUGUCGCUGGCUUCGGUGACGGCGCCAUUCGAGUUUACGAUCAACGCCAGAAGCCUGCCACUGCUAUGGUGAAAGUUUGGAAAGAACACAAACAAUGGAUCACCAACGUCCACCUACAGCGCGGCGGACAACGCGAGCUUGUGAGUGGCUGCCGCAGCGGAGAGGUCAAGUUAUGGGAUAUUCGCAUGGAUGGGAGUGUGAAGACUAUACAGGCUACGACCGACCACUUGCGGACACUAAGCGUGCAUGAGCAUGCGCCAGUCUUUGCCACGGGAACACAGAAGCAUCGUGUGAAGAUAUUCAAUAUCAACAACGGCGAACCCGUAUCGUACUUCGAGCCCUACUCAGGCUUUCUUCGCGACCGGUCUGCUCCUAUCUCUGCAACCGCAUUCCACCCCCAUCGGCUCAUGAUCGCCGCUGCGGCGGUCCACGACAAUCACGUGAACAUAUUUUCUUGCCAUGAGCCCAAACACUCUGCUAUCAAGACGGUGAAGCUCUGGGAGGGUAACACGGCGACUUCUAGCCGGGUAUCCACACUCAAUUAA